AUGGAGUUGCUCUACUCGUCGAAAACAUGUGUGAAUGACGGGACGGGGAAAAUGAUCUUUGGGCGAGGAACUGAGCUAAAAGUUCAAAACAUUUCAGAGAAUCCAGUCCACCCGCAGUACUACCAACUGCAGGACCAUGACACCAAAGUUUGUCUGGCAACAGGAUUUACAAGACACAACCUAACCGAAAAAAAUGUUGACUUCAAGGAUACCAGCGCCAGUCCGAUAAGAGAUUAUAGAGGAGAUCCAACAGGCUACUAUAACCAGGUGGUUUUCCUAGAAGGUGAUAAAAACUGUUCAGAGUUGAAGCUAAUGAUUUAUUCUUAUGUUUGUUUUACAGUAAUUAAUAAGCCAGAUGACAAAUGUACCUCCACUGUGGAUCCAGAUGAGAUGGUGAACCUGGCCUCCCUGACCAUCUUUGGCCUCAGAGUGAUCUUCAUGAAGACCGUGAUCUUCAACGUCCUGAUGACGCUGCGGCUGUGGAUCAGUCAGUGUGAGUAUCGAACCGCCCUGCUCACCAGAGCGCAAACAGGAAAAAACGACCGGAAUGAAGGGAACUUCCCAGAAGAACGUCCUGAUGAAUGA